AUGGUGUGGACAGGAGAGGUUGUCGAAGCAGGUGGAGGCUUCGGAGGCAUCCCGAGGUCGAUCUCCAUGUCCUGGAACGACUGUGAUAUCGAGCACUUCAUGCUGAGGGUGAAGACUCCGCAGCACGACGGCACGACGCGAGUGACGACGACGCUGCCUUGCACGGACCCAUCCGAACCCAAACAAGUCUGUCUUCUCCAGCUCGUGCACGCGGCGGAGGAAGAAUCCCUCGAGACCUUGGCCACCUUCGAGGAACCAGAGCAAGCACACCACAAAGGCCAUCGCCGCCAACACGCCCAAGAAGAUCAUGACGAAGCUCGAGGCGCGGAUGGAAACCUCCGGCGCAGUCGAAGCCGCCGCCACCUCCGCAAACAAACCAGCAGCGACGACAAUGGCGGCACCACUGGCAACAACUAUGACGGUGGCAGCAGCAGAAGUGAGGGGAAGGGACAAACAUCCAAGUCCUGGCGAGGCGCUAGGCGCAGCAGAAAGACGUCCGAGGUGCAACGGCGUCGUCUCGCGAUGGAGGUGUCGGAAGGGAUGGAAGCUAAACGCGCGCGCGACCCGGAUAUUGAUGCCAAGGACGAAGACGUUCGCCUCCUCAACGAAUACUUGGUGGCCAGUGCACCGGAGCAGGAAGUUUUCCACGAGAGAGGCGUCCGGCGCCUCAGCUCCGCGGAAGUUCAAAUGCCGAGUGGUCGCGUCCUCACCGCGACAACCGAAAUCGAUGUCAUGGUGCUCUACACUCCAGCGGCCAUGAUCAGUUCCGGCACUGCCGGCACGCUUUUAACCAACCAGCAGAUGGAGACGGAAAUUAUCACGGCCUACGCCACGGCAAACGAUGCCUUGGCCGAUUCUGGCAUCAGCGCGACUAUCAACGUCGUCCACGUCGCGGAGGCGAGGUACGUCAUGGCUACCCCGAGAGCGGCUUUCGAGGGGUUCGGGUACUCCAUCGUCCACACGCACUGCCUCGACAACUUGUCGCACAUUCACGAGAUCGGGCACAACAUGGGGGCCAACCACAACCGGGAGGACACGUCCAGCGAGCACGACUACGCCCACGCGCAGCGGUACUGCACCGGUGACACCCCGUAUCGUACCAUUAUGGCCUACGAGACUGGGUGCCUGCAAGCACCUCGGGUGGCCAUGUUCUCUACCCAGGACAAGACGUACGCGAGUAAGAGUUUGGGGACGACAUCGACGGACAAUGCUCGCGUCAUCGAAGAGAGUCUGUCAACCGUGGUCAACUUCAGGGAUCGCACCGAAGUUGCUUACGACUCAGCUUCCUCAAAGACGCCCUCUCAGCAGCAGCAGCAGAAGCAACAGGAAGAAGGACGGCAGCAGCAGCAAGACGCGCCGACACCAACAUCGCGCACCGACGGCUCAAAUGGUGAAUAUCAAGGGUGCUACAGGCACUCUUGGUCCGAGUUGGAGCUGGCGAACGUCCCGCUUGUCGACUACGAAGGCACCAGCCCCGAGGGCUGCCGGGAGCACUGCAAGGCUGCUAGUUUCGCGUACUACGCGCUUGAGUUCGGCUCCAUGUGCUCGUGCGGCGAUAGGCUCCCGAGCGAUUCCAGCCUGGCGACGAGGGCAGAUUGUGCUCUGCCCUGCCCGAACAGCUCCCUGACUAGUCUCACAUGUGGCGGAAAUUGGCACCAUGCCGUUUUUUCGGUCGGCCAUGGGACGUGA